ACGAUAUUCUCUCAGGAGCAUUGCCAGGACGAGUGCAGACCUUUGGGGUUGCUCCCGAUGGCAACCAUAUCUGGUAUCUUCCUGAAUAAGUGUAUGAAAAUGAAGACACUUAGCGUUUGUUCAGUUUGGUAUCGUGUGUCUCCGCCACAUGGUGAAGUGAAUACAGAUUGGAAGUUCAUUGAAACAUUUUCCGGAAGCUCACUAAUUAUUUGCGCAAGUAGUUCAGUUUUACCAACAAAUAAAAGAGAAAAUUUCACGGAAAAAAUUAAGAGAUGCACCAUCUACUCCAAAACAUAUGUCCAGAGCAUGGCAGUCCACUACACUCUCUCCUGGAGUCCACUGCUUACAGCCGUGCGUACAUCGGUAGUCCAGUGCGUGAGGCUGGAGAGUCCACCGGUGCGUUAUGCCGGGAGUCCAAUGGACCAGUGUCCGGAGUCCAACUCAUGCGCGCACGUUUGGAUGCUCAGGAAUGAGGCAGUGCUUUUGUGUCCCGUUGCUGAUGAUUAUUCCAUUUCUACAGCUUGUGAUGUUCACUUUUUUUCUGAGAAAAGAUCACUUUGUAAUCUCAGAAAGUUAACUGUACCAAAUUAUGCAGUAUAAUUGGCAUGAAUAUUGGUUUC